GUGCACCCUGCGCCAUCUCAUCAAUCUGCACCGUCGCUCGCACCUCCUAAAAAUCUCAAGCAAAGGCCAGAAUCAGCAUCAGGGCGAGCGGGACGACGACGAUGAUGAUGCAUCAGCAAGCGGCUGUUGUCUCCAACCUGCGGCCAUCUCCCGGAGCAGGCGGGCUCCCAUGGGUGGCCGCCUCUUGCCGGCCUGCGAGAGGCGGCUCGGUGAGGGUGCGGUGCGUGAGGAACGGGUCGACGGAGAGCCUCGACCAUCUGCAGAGGGCCCCGAAGGGCAGACCCCAGCAGCAGCAGCAGCAGGGGGCUCCUGCUCCCGGCCCCAGGAGGAGGGUCAUCCGAACCGCACCGUUUGGGCUGUGGGACAGCUUCCCAGAGGCGAGAACUCUCGACCAGAUGAUGCGCACCAUGGAGCGCAUCAUGGACGGUGACGCCGCCGACGACCGCAUGCUCGUCGUGCCGGCCUCGGCGGUAACGGCGGCCCCAGCAGCAGCCCGCGCCGUCGACACCGCCGCCGCCGCCGCCGCCAGGCGGGGACGGACGCCGUGGGAGAUCAAGGAGCGGGCGGGGGCGUACCUGGUGCGGUACGACAUGCCGGGCAUGACGCGGGAGGACGUGAGGGUGAGCGUGCAGGACCGGACGCUGGUGGUGGCCGCGGAGAAGGCGGCCAAGGAGGAGGCAGCUGACGCCGGUGGGGAGGAGGAGGACGAGGGCGAGGGGGAGGGGGAGGCGUGGCCGGCGGCGAGCUUCGGGCGGUACAGGACGCGUGUGGAGCUGCCGGAGAACGUGGAGGUGGAGCGGAUCGCGGCGGAGGUGAAGGACGGCGUGCUCUACCUCACCAUCCCCAAGGUGGCCUCCGGCGGCAAGGUGGUAAGCAUCCAGGUGCACUAGGAGUGGUGGAGUGGAGUGGGAGUGGAGUGAUCCUUGUAAACAACCGGAUCGACCACUCCUCUUGUACUAAUGAUGGCUCCUUCCAUUUUGCUGUUGUUGGGUAACAAUGUAACACUGGGAUUGCUGCAGCAAUUACACUAUUGGUCAGAUGUUGUGUUGAUUUGCUGCAACAAUCAGUGGUACUCAUGUUGUUGCUCUGUUUGUGCACCCAAAUGACAAAUAGCCAGUAGUAACUUUCAAC